CCGCGGCUCCCGCGGCGCCAAAGCUGCGAAGGGCGGGCGCGGGCCGGGGGUUCCCUCGGCCCCGCCCCCGGUGCUCCCCCGCCACGUGACCGGGACGCGGCGCCGCGCCGGGGGCGAUGCCCGGCGGGAAGGGGAAGCGGAAGAGACUUUGGAAUGCAGAAUGCACCCCAUUCCCAGAUGAGACACCCCUCCGUGUGAAAAAAUCAAAUGUCAGGACAUUAGUGUCUGCUGCUUCGAUUUCCAAUGCGUGGCUUCGGUGUGGAGAUGGUUUUCAGAGCACUUCAGUGCUGGAGUCCCAGAGGCCUUCUAAUAAGAAAUCCAGGAUUAAGAAACGUCUUGGACCACUGUUAACAUCUGCUGAAAGUGCAUCUAGAGCUGCUGAUGCUGAAAGCUCUAAGGAAGCUGAGGACAUAAUAUGGACCUCUAGUGGCAGUGAUCUUUCAGAUGAUGAAAAUAAAACAUUGGUUCCAAGGUUGCACAGCAAAAAAAGUGAUGCUUCCAAAACACAGGAAUCGCCUAGCAGACAUGAUUUAUUGUUAGAGGACAGAAGUAGUGAAGGUAAGUUCAAAUGCAAGAUUUAA